UAGACAUGUUGGCAUGUCGUUCUUGCAACAUUAUACAUAAAGCAUUAGUGCCUUGGGCUGGCUCUCUGCAGCUAUUGAGCUUCGCAACACCACAGUUGCAGGAAAUCGCCAAUUGGCAAGGAUGAAGCCUGCGAUCGCCGUCGUCGUGCUGCUGUCUUCUCUCCUCGCCGUCUCGUCCGCGGCGGAGAAGUUCGAUUUCUUCUACCUUGUUCAGCAGUGGCCGGGCUCGUUCUGCGACACGCGGCAGGGCUGCUGCUUCCCGGACACGGGGAAGCCGGCGGCGGACUUCGGCAUCCACGGGCUGUGGCCCAACUACGCCAAGUGCGGCCGGGGCCGCCAGGAGGAGCUCGCCAGCGCCGUGCUCGGCGAGGACGACGUCGCCUUCUUCUCCGCCGUGGGGCGGCGGGGCAAGUGCUGGCCCGAGUACUGCGACGACGGCAACGCGCUGAGCCCGUGGGAGAUCCGGGACCUGGUGGCGUCCCUGCACCGGGACUGGCCGACGCUGUCGUGCAAGAGCGGGCGCAGCUUCGAGUUCUGGAGCUACGAGUGGAAGAAGCACGGCACCUGCUCCAACCUCGCGCAGCACGAGUACUUCGCGCGCGCGCUCGCGCUCAAGGCGCGCCACAACCUGACGGCGAUCCUCGCCGGCGCCGGGAUCGUGCCGUCGGACACCGAGACGUACCCGCUGAGAAGCGUGAGGGAAGCCAUCGCGCGGGGGACCGGGUUCACGGCGAACCUGGAGUGCAACCGCGACGCCGAUGGCAACGCGCAGCUGUUCCAGGUGUACCAGUGCGUGGACCGAGAGGGGAAGAAGCUCAUCGACUGCCCGCUGUCCAUGCCCACCAAGUGCUCCCGCGACCAGGUCAAGCUGCCGGUCUUCUGAUUGUUGUUUGUAAAAACGGCCCUGAAGGCUGAAGGCAUUGGCCGGUCGGCAGCAUCGCGCGCGCCUGUUUGAAAGCGGAUUCGAAUAAUGUGUUUAACUUCAUGAC